CUUCUGUCAGUCGGGUCAGGAGGGCAAAGAAAGUUGGAAACAAGAACAACCCAAACGUCAUUUAACUGCCUUCUCGCUUUCAAAAUACACCACCUUGAACCGAAUUGCCUCCAACCGAGAAAUACCCUUCUCUGGGAUGGCUGCUGACUCACACCAGCUGAAACAAGACGAUAACCCAGUGAAAGGUGUCCUUCAUGUGGGCAGCCCACCAGGUGCACCACAGUUCAGAGUACUACAACCUGUCCACAGCGCUACGACAAUCCCUGGUUCAUCACUUUCUCUCAUGGGUGUUCUACCUGCCCAUGGCACUGGCCGUUCCCCCUUCCGUGUUCGCCGUCCACAUCGAAUUCAAUCUCCUCUACCAGUUCUGGAUCCACACUGAGGUGAUCAAGGACCUGGGCCCCCUGGAAUGGAUCCUUAACACCCCCAGUCAUCACAGAGUUCACCAUGGACGUAAUCUGUACUGCAUUGACAAGAACUACGGAGGAGUGCUGAUUGUAUGGGACCGACUGUUUGGUACGUUCACCCCUGAGAAAGACAAGGUGGUGUACGGCCUUGUGUUUCCCAUCAAAACAUAUGAAUCCCUCAACAUUCAGUUCCACUACUAUCGGUAUUUGUGGAGAAAAGCCAGCCGCUUCAAUACAUUAAGUGAGAAGCUGUCGACAUUUUCCAACGGACCGAGUUGGAAACCUGGCAAACCGAGACUGGGCGAUCACGAACAAGUCCCUCAUUUAACUGGGAAGGAGCUGCCUCUUGAUCGUCAGUUAUCCCUGGCUGCACGCCUCUACCUGGUCAUCCACUUCCUGCUGGUCCUGGGCCUGUACUUCAAAGUCAAAACGAUGCAGAGCCAGCUCACUGUGCUGGCCAUGAUCGGAUACAUGCUGCUCACCUUCACCUCGCUUGGUCACCUCAUGGACCGCAGGCCGAAGGCGGCCGUUUGGGAGAUGCUACGCUGCGCUCUCAUGCUGGCGAUGCAGAGCUAUGGCUACAUGGAGGCCAUCGUGCCUGCACUGACCAUACCGGCCAAGGCCUUUGUCUCCCUCUGUCUGCUGUUCUGGGUACUGCACAAUGGCUCCCAGCUGGUCCGCAUCAAGAACAAGUCCAACUGAUUCCAAUCACACACCUGGAUAAUGUGCUUGGACUGUAAGGGUACAUAUAUAUUUAAUAUACCAUAACUUAAACAUAAUGCUACAGUAUAACCUCUUAACCAGUGUGGAUUCAAUUAUUGUUAUCUUUAUUAAUACGGAGUAUAAUGAGUGGAUUAUCUUUAUACAAUAACUGUAUUAAUGGGUAUAAGUGUCAAUGGUGCAUAUGGUACAUAUAAUUUAUUUGUACUUAAAUAGAAUGAAAAGUAUGAUUCUGAUCGCUUAACAUUGUUAAGCCUGCUAACUACAUCAAAAUGAAUACGUAUUUGAACUUGUUGUUGUGAAUGAAGUAAUGAAAUGCAGUCAAAUCACUGUGAUUACACUGUAAGAUAUACAGGGAAAAACGAACAUUUGAAAUAUAAUGUGAUGAUAUUGAUUUAGCCUCAUAGGUUUGUGUGUCUAGUUAUUUCUAGGAUGGUUGAAGCCAGUAUGGAUAAUAGUGUUGAUCUUAACAUCUUAAACUUUUGAUUUGCCAUAUAACCUCAAGAGAAUGAAGUCUGUAUUCCAGAUAGAA